AUGCAAAAGAAUCAUCUUCUUUCAUUUUAUAAUGACUCCAAGCUCAACCGAAUCCCUCAUGAAAAACAGCUGCAGCCGCUUUUCAAAAAAAAGUUUGUUUUUGAUAAAAGUUUGUUACAAAAACACCUUAAAACAAACUUGCAAGAAUCAAAACAAGAAGAACCCAUUCAGAGCAUUUCUGAUACAAGUAGCAAACCAACUGAAACUGUCUUUAAUAUUAGGAAAAACUUAACAGCUUAUAGGAAGGAUGGCUCAGACGCUCCUACUGACGGCCAAAAAGAAGACUUAGAAACUGUUGUCAAUAGGCUUAAAAGUGAAAAAUUGGAGGUUUUGAAAGAUCUCUGAACUUAUGAAGAUAAAUUUGACCAUAAGUACUGCAUGAGAGCAAGAAUUUCAGAAAUUAAACAGCUUAGCACGGAGCUUCUUAAAAUGAGUGAAUCUGCCUAUGAAAGAAUCACCCUUGAAAAAGAAUUAUUUGAUUAUUUGCAAUUAGGAUUGAUUACCUUAAAUAAUGAAAAAUUCGAGCCUGAUGAAUCAGAAGAUGAGAAUAAUAUUGAAGACGAAGAAGAGCAGGAAAAUAUUUUAAUGGAUACGCUUGAUAUUUCUGGAAGUGUAUGCAUCGCACUUGUUAAGCUGAAUGAAGAUUUCAGCAUAGAAAUUACUGUUUAUCCAAAAGAUUUUAGAAAUGCAGUGUUUUUGCAAAUAAAUUCUGGAUUCAAAAUGCAGAGCUUAAAAAUUGGAAAAAAAUUCUUAUUGAAAGAACUAAGAAGAAAUUUGUACCCAAAACUAAGUUUACUUUAUAGGGAAGACGAGCUUUCGCUUGAGUUUAAUCCAAAUCCAAACAAUUAUAUAAAGCUUCUCUUUAAGCCUAAAUGCUGAAGAAGACACAGAGUUUUCCUGAAGCUGAGCUUGAAUGGCCAAAAUAUCAAAAUAGAAACUGAUGAUCCUAACUUUUAUGACAGCUUAUCAAUAAAUGUAGAUGAUGAAGGCUUAAAGCAUCUAUUUCUAUCCAAAAAUUUAUAUAUGAUUUCUUCGUAUUUACAUGAGAAUUUAACUGUACUACGAUCUCAAGAAGACUCUAAACCAUAUUUAGCUUUUAAACCAAAGCCAUGGGAUAUUGAAAAGUUUUUAUAUCACUUCAGCCAUAAUGAAGAUUGUGAAAGUCCCAGAGAAAUAAAGCUGCCUGAUAGUGACAAAACCCAGUUUGCGAUGUUUGAUAGCCUUGUGCAUAAAGGCACUGUUAACAUUGAAGGAACUGUAUUGGAUAUUGACCUUGAAUAUAAUAUGAUACUAGAAAAAUAUAGAAUUAAGAUAGUGAACGAUAAAAGAGCAUUUAUGAUUUUGGAAGAAAAUAACCUCGAAGAGUUUUUCAUAUUGAAGUCACUUCAAGAUCUUGAUUUAUCUUAUCAUAUGAAAACUCUAUUUUCAUCACUUGAAUUCCAAGUUGUCAUCACGAGAUUGCUUUAUCUCAAGAAAGGGCGACUGUAA